AUGGAGGCGAUUCUUGUGAAUAUGAUAGGGUUGCAAGCAUUUCUUCUUCUGCUACUCUUCAACUAUGGAGCAUCACAGUCCAUUGUCAAGACUCUUCCGGGUUAUUCGGGUACUCUACCGUUCAAGCUCGAAACCGGGUAUAUUGGUGUGGGAAAAAACGACGAAGUGCAGUUAUUUUACUAUUUCACCGAGUCUCAAAACAAUCCUAGUACAGAUCCUCUUUUUUUUUGGUUCACCGGUGGACCUGGUUGCACUGGUUUAUCGAGCCUCAUCUACGAAAUUGGUCCAUUCACUUUUGAUGUUGCAAAUUUUGAUGGAAGCUUACCAUCCAUACUCUUAAAUCCAUAUUCUUGGACCAAAGUUGCCAGUAUUAUAUUUCUAGAUUUGCCUGUUGGUACUGGAUUUUCAUAUGCGAAAACUUCACAAGGUUAUGUUUCCUCGGACACCAAGUCAGUAAAAGAUAGUUACACGUUUCUUAGGAAGUGGCUAUUGAAUCACCCCAUGUUUAUCAAAAAUCCUUUAUAUGUUGCGGGCGAAUCCUAUGGAGGCAAACUUAUUCCUAUGGUUGCAUUGGAAAUAUUACGAGGAAAUGAAGCAGGACUGCAACCACCAAUGUCCCUCCAAGGAUACAUUAUGGGAAAUGGAGAAACGAUUUUAACCAAUGAUUAUAAUUCACGAAUUCCAUAUCUUCAUCGCAUGGCACUUAUAUCAGAUCAAUAUUUUGAGUCGGCAAAAACUAGCUGCAAUGAAAAAUAUUACAAUCGUGAUCCAAAUAAUCUGCAAUGUCUUCAUGCCUUUCAACAGAUUGAAAAGUGUAUUGAGAAUAUAAAUCUAGUUCAUAUUUUGGAACCAAAUUGUGAAAAAUUUAAAUCAUCAAAACCAGAUGAUUUUGGAAGGCGUCGAUCAUUGUCAGAAGACGAUUCAAUUGGCCACCUCAUGCUUCCAGCAUCUGGACAAGAUCAACAGUGGUGUCGCGAACAUAAUUACAUUCCAUGUGGUGUUUGGGCAAAUGAUCCAACCGUCCAAGAAGCCCUUCAUAUUAGAACGGGAACGAUAACAGACUGGAGCAGAUGCAAUCUCAACAUAUCAUAUGACCGGAAUGUUGACAAUGUUCUUCAAUAUCAUGAAUUUUUCAGCAAGAAAGGAUACGAAGUUCUAAUAUUUAGCGGUGAUCAUGACUUGGCUUGCCCAUAUGUGGGUACGUUAGAAUGGAUUAGCAUGCUCAAUCUGACUGUCGAAGACAAUUGGAGACCUUGGAAUGUCGAUGGCCAAGUCGCUGGAUACACAGAGAAGUACAAGAAGAAGGACUUCAAUCUCACAUUUGCAACAGUCAAGGGUGCAGGACAUACAUGCGCAGAGUACAAGCCUAAAGAAUGUCUUGCGAUGCUCCAGCGGUGGAUCUCUCGACGCCCUUUAUAG